AGUAGUGGACGAAGGCUUUGCUGUCAGUGCGGGACAGGCUGAGGCUCCUGGGACAGGUUGUCGGGAGAGAAUGAAGGGCCGUCCAGAUGAGAUGCAAGGAAAUAUGAAGCCGCUGUACCGGUGCAUUGAAUGCAAUGAGGAGUCCACUGAGCUUUAUAGAGAUUACAGACAUGGAGUGUUGAAGAUCACCAUCUGUAAAUCCUGCCAGAAACCAGUGGACAAGUACAUUGAAUAUGAUCCAGUCAUUAUUCUGAUCAACGCCAUGCUCUGCAAAGUACAAGCAUAUAGGCACAUCCUGUUCAAUACGGCAAUUAAUAUUCAUGGCAAGCUCUGCAUAUUUUGUCUGCUCUGCGAAGCGUACACCAGGUGGCGACAGAUGCCAGGAUCCAGCAACCAAACAAACCCAGAAGACAUCAUCAGAUAUGCAAAGGAAUGGGAUUUCUACAAGCAGUUUGGGAUAGCUGCGCUGGAACAAGCUGCAUUCCUAACAGGAAUCUUCAUUGUUUUGUUCCUGGCGAGACCGAAGACUUUGAAGUCCCAUUCUCAGUUGGCUUUUCUUCUGAAGGCUCUUCUGCUGUCAAGUUACGGGAAACUCCUGCUGAUUCCUGCCGUGAUUUGGGAACACGAUUACACCCCAUUGUGCCUCAGGCUCAUCACACUUUUCGUUCUUACGUCAAAUACUCAAGCAAUCCGAGUGACCUUGGAUGUGAGUCGAGCUCUAUCACUCGUCGCCAUUGCCUGUGGACUGGUUUUGGAAAAUGCACUAUGCUCUGCUCAAUGGACUAUAUAGUAAAUGUGCAGACCGCACACAACCACCAUCUAGAGGGACAUGGAGGACCUUUCUCAGCAAAAAUGUUCCGUACAAAAUAUUUAUUUUGCUAUUGUCACAGACACAAAUGUCUCAGAGUUUUAUUUGUGUU